CUUUUCAGCCCCAUUUCCUCCGGCCUUACUUCCCACCCCUGCAGCGUCGUCUAUGGAGGCCUCGGAGGAGCAGCUCCUCGGCGACAGCUUCUCCUACCGGUGGCUGAUCAACGCCGAAUCCUGCGCUUCCCUCGGCGACAGCCACCGCUCGUUCGACGCCCCCGACGGCGGCGGCUGCUCCUUCAUCGAGAUCGACCCCGGCUUCAUCUCCAUGCGCUGGACGAGCGACGCCAUCAACGGCUUCGGCUUCGUCCUCCCGACGUCGACGCAACGUCCGGCGCCGCAGGUCCAUGCCGACAAGAUCUUCUCCAAUGGCCUCCUCCUUCCACUUCACGUUCCUGGUCCGCCGGAAACCCUGGUUGCACGCCGUUCCAGUUUAAGCAGACCGCGUUGUGCGGUUCGAGAAGGAGCCAAUACUUCUCCCACCUCAUCGCCUCUUUUCCACACUGCAAGCAGCUCUCCCAAUUGGAUGAGCUCAUCAUGUUCUUCGCCCUACAAUAAUAAUCAAGCUUCGAGUAGAGGUGGAAAGUUGAGUUCGCGUCUCGUCAGGAACUGCGCAAAAUUGCCAAAGAAGAUUCUGUGCGAGUACUUCUGCUUUCUGCUACCCUUGUAUAAGAUGGUGAAAGAUUUCAGACUGACCUCUUCGAAAUCAACAAGCAGCUGCAAGUAUUCGGCCAGAAGUUCCCCAAGGACGAGCAGUGCCUUGUCAGGCAUAGAAUGGUGUCGCAGUAAUGCUGAUAUCUCAAUAUAUGAUGCAAUCCUUCACUGCAAGAAAUCAAUCGGACAAGACCAGUAAUGGAGGAUGAAGAUAGCUGUAGAGGAACACUGAAUUAGGAGGAAGCCUUUACAAAUAAGAGAUAUGCUGCAUAACCUUCUUGUCAUGCGGAUUUGCAGAACUUUGUGUGCUUUGAUCCGUCGAGGAAAAGCCUCUUCUCUCUCUCUGUCUCUCUCUCUCUCUCCAGGGAAAGAAUUGAACAGGAAGGACUUUUAUUUCUCUUUCAUUACUAGGUUUGCUGUUUGCUAUUUCUCUCAACCGAAGGUUAUAUACGCUUUUGUAACCAAAUAACCAUAUUGUUGUGAAAACCCAAGUGAUGUCAAAUUGUAUAUUAAGGAAUAAUUUCAGUUCUUUUUUAGUCUUUCA